AUGGCAGGUCGCCGGUGGGCCGCGACGUCAGCCCUCUGCUUGUGCGUGGCAGCCGUCUCUCUCCUGCACGCCGGCGGGGUGCGGGCAGACUGCUGGCUCAUUGAGGGGGACAAGGGCUUUGUCUGGUUGGCCAUCUGCAGCCAAAACCAGCCUCCUUACGAGUCCAUCCCCCAGCAAAUCAACAGCACCAUCGUGGACUUGCGGCUGAACGACAACAAGAUCAAGAGCGUGCAGUACGCCUCGCUCAGCCGCUUUGGCAACCUGACAUACCUCAACCUGACGAAGAACGAGAUCUCCUACAUCGAGGACGGUGCCUUUUCAGGACAGUUCAACCUCCAGGUGCUGCAGCUGGGUUACAACCGACUGAGGAACCUCACUGAGGGCAUCCUCCGGGGCCUGGGGAAGCUGGAGUACCUCUAUCUCCAGGCCAACCUCAUUGAGACUGUCACGCCCAAUGCCUUCUGGGAGUGCCCCAACAUAGUGAACAUUGACCUGUCCAUGAACAGGAUCCAGAGACUCGACAGCAACACUUUUCGGGGCCUAAACAAGCUCUCUGUCUGUGAACUCUACAGUAACCCCUUCUACUGCUCCUGUGAGCUCCUCGGCUUCCUGCAAUGGCUGGAGGCUUUCACCAACAUGACACGCACGUACGACCGGAUGCAGUGCGACUCCCCACCCGACUACACGGGCUACUACUUGUUAGGCCAAGGCCGGACUGGUUACCGCAAUGCUUUGAGCAUGCUCUCUUCCCUUUGCACCGGUGGUUCCUACACUGUGAUCCCUCGUUUUAUCCCUCCCAGGUACCAGGUGACCACAACACCCUCCGAAAGCCCCUGCUCCGAGGAGGAGUGCUCCUCUGGCGAUGGCACGACCCCACAGUUUGCCCUCUUCACGCCCAUCGGUGAGACGGAGGUGCGCCCCAACAUCCAGGUGAAGCACCUCAACCACAACUCAGCCGUCCUCACCGUUCAGAUCCCCUACCCCUUCAGCAAGAUGUACAUCCUCUCCCAGUUUGAAAACGGCUUCUCCUCCAUGAUCACCAAGCUCAGGAAGAAGGAGGAGAACAUCACCGUGAGCAACCUAGUAGCACAAAGAGAUUACACCUAUUGUGUAGUUUCUGUCCACCAAUACUCGAAGUACAACCACACUUGUGUCACCAUCACCCCCACCAGACCCAACCGCAAGGAGCCAGUGCCCACCCCUUCCACUGCCACUCAUUAUAUCAUGACAAUCCUGGGCUGUCUCUUUGGCAUGGUGAUUGUCCUGGGAGUUGUGUAUUACUGUCUCCGAAAGAGGCGCCAGCAGGAGGAGAAGCACAAAAAGGCUGCUGGUAGCAUGAAGAAGACCAUCAUCGAGCUGAAAUAUGGGCCAGAAAUGGAAACCACCAGCAUCACCCAGCUGUCCCAGGGACAGAUGCUGGGUGGGGAGACAGUGACCCGCAUCCCCUACUUGCCUUCUGCUGGUGAGGUCGAGCAGUACAAGCUGAUUGACAGCAGUGAGACGCCCAAGGCCACCAAGGGCAACUACAUGGAAGUGAGGACGGGUGACCAGCCUGAGAGGCGAGACUGUGAGCUAUCCCUGCCGCCAGACACCCAGAGCUCUGUGGCUGAGAUCUCCACCAUCGCCAAGGAGGUGGACAAGGUGAACCAGAUCAUCAACAACUGCAUCGAUGCCUUGAAAUCUGAGUCCACCUCCUUCCAAGGAGUGAAAUCGGGGGCAGUCUCCACAGUGGAGCCUCAGCUGGUACUCUUAUCAGAGCAGAUCCCCAGCAAACAUGGAUUCCUCUCUCCCGUCUACAAGGAAAGCUACAACCACCCUCUCCAGCGGCACCACAGCAUGGAGGCAGCCCCUAAACGUUCCAGCACCUCUUCCAGCGGCUCCAUACGGAGCCCCAGGUCCUACCGCUCUGAGGGAUCGGGCCACAAAUCAGAAGCCAAAUACAUUGAGAAGACGUCCCCCACCACCGACACCAUCCUCACUGUGACCCCGGCCAUCCUGCGGGCAGAGGCGGAGAAGAUCCGUCAGUACAGCGAACACCGGCACUCGUACCCCGGCUCGCACCAAGGGGAGCAGCACGACAGCAUGGCGGGGAGGAAGCCCUCCAUCCUGGAGCCUCUGACCCGUCCUCGCCCCAGAGACCUGGCCUAUUCUCAGCUCUCUCCUCAAUAUCACAACCUGAGCUACACCUCCAGCCCAGAGUACACCUGCAAACCCUCGCACAGCAUCUGGGAGCGCUUCAAACUCAACCGCAAGCGGCACAAAGAUGAGGAGGAGUACAUGGCAGCCGGCCACGCCCUGCGCAAAAAGGUCCAGUUUGCCAAAGACGAGGAUCUUCACGACAUCUUAGACUACUGGAAGGGCGUCUCUGCCCAGCAAAAGUCCUGAGUCCUCACACAACUCAUGACUUAACACACUAACUGGACCAAAAGAAAUCCGCAGCAGCUAUUUUUACUCAGACUGUCU